AUGGGCGGGGUGCAUAAUUUGGGGGGUUUUAAGACAGUGAAAUGGCAAGCCUUUCACGGGUCUUUAGCAAGGCGAUUAGCAAUUCGAACUUUGAUGUUUGCUCUUGUCAUUUCGAUGUUGCCCCUUUUGCAACUUGUGAUUGAUAUUGAUCCUGCAAAACCCAUGUUUAUGAGCUCUAAUGGAUGUGAUACUGAAGUGGGUUAUUUUGACCCGGAUUCGGUCCUUGGCAGGGUUCUUAAACCCAUUGCUCCAUUCGUAUUCCCACAUUUGAGAUCUGGAAUGUGCCAGGAUAAUGUGAAUUUGACUAUUUCUGUGGUGAGGGAGCUAAUGGGUAAGAAUUUGCUCAAUUUUGGAGCAAAAGCCCUUUGUAUUGGCAAGGGGACAGCAUCGGCUGUCUCGGCGUUGCGUGAUUUUGGGUUUUCAAAUGUUGAUGAAAUUCACAGGCACCCCUUUUUCAUGCUUAAGCAAAAACAAGUUGUUUGUGAACUUGAUUUUGAUGACAAUUCCUUUGAUUUUGUCAUGGCGAAUGACCUUAGUAAGGUCUCGGUUCCUGCUAUCCUUGUGAGUGAAGUGGAGCGAAUUCUGAAAUCCGGGGGGACUGGAGCAAUUCUUGUGGGUAGUGAAGGCUCCAAUCAUGAUAGUUUGAUUAGGUCUGCAACUACAGUAUCUUCAUUUCUCAAAAGGUCAAAUGUGAUUGAUGUUGUUAGCUUAGGGAGCUUCACUUUAGUUGCAUUUAUGAAGAAAGGUAAUAAGUUGGGUUCUUUCGAGCAGUAUCGUCUGCCAACAAAUUGUCCUUCUAUCAAGCGGAACAAACCCAUUAUGAACAAGAUGGAACCUUUAGUUGACAAGAUGCCUAAGGCCAAUGGUAAGAGAGUUACUUAUCUACCAAACUUGGUUGGUGUACCCUCUACAGGAAAGCUGGUUUAUAUAGACAUGGGGGCAAAGGAAGCUGCAAAUUUUAGCAAUAGCAACUGGUUCUUACCCUCAUACCCUAUCAAUUCAAAAGCUUUUAGUGUUUACAUUGUGGAUCAUGAUGCUUUUGUUUUGACUUCUCAUGUAAAAUGUCCUGGUGUUACCUUCAUUUAUCACCCAGCGUUGGGUGGAAGUGUUGUCAAAGAUAAAUCCAACUCUGUUAAUGUCCAUGAUGAAGAGCCACUUAUUGAUGAUGAAGAGUUUGAUUUUGUUGUUUGGUUUAAGGAAACAGUGGAAGUUGCGGAUUUUGUGGUGUUGAAGAUGAAUAUGGGAAAGGCUGAAAUGAAGUUUUUAUCUGAACUGUUUGAAAGUGGCAUCAUCUGCUAUGUUGACGAGCUGUUCUUGCACUUCUCUGAUGCAGAUCGUGAUGAUAAUGGUGAAAGCCACAUUAAUCUCUUUCAAAGCCUAAGAAGCAAUGGUGUGUUUGUCCAUCAAUGGUGGGGCAAUUGA